GAGAACGUCUCGCGGUGAUCAAGUUGCACAGCCAGCUGUCACGAGCAAGUCCGCAGUUUACUCCAACUGCAGUCCGCGUCCGCAUUUUAUCAUAACCCGCCGAGCAGCCAAAAGUCGACAAUGAACAACCAAAUUUUUAUAGUGACACGUGAAAAUAUCGUCGUACGUCGGGUUUUUCGAUUCUGUUAUGGAAGUCUCCUUGAAUUUCAGUGGUGGAGCUGAAUUGCUUUUUGGAAAAAUCAAGCAGCAUAUAAUUAAUCUACCUGCUGGGGAAACGUGGAGCAUGAAAAAACUUCUAAGUUGGAUAAAAGAUAAUCUGUUAAAAGAGCGACCUGAACUUUUUCUUCAAGGAGAUACAGUGAGACCUGGAAUUUUAGUGCUUGUUAACAAUGCUGACUGGGAGUUAGUGGGACAGCUAGACUAUCACUUGCAGAAUAAGGAUGAAAUAGUUUUCAUAUCAACACUUCACGGAGGAUAGAUCGUGACCUUUCUCAUUCAUUUUUUUAUUUGAACUGUGUCUUAACUCCAAAUUGUGAAUACAUUAAACUAAAAGGAU